AUGUUUAAUAAGGAAGAAAUCUCUAAGACGCGCCUUCACGCUAUUGUUGUCGGGCUCGUGCUGCUAUUUUUUAUUUCUGCCCUGGAUACCACCAUUUUGGCAACCGUUUACAUUGAUAUUUCCAACGAGUUUGGGGACAUGUCAAACGGCAUCUGGAUCAUCACCAGCUACCUGUUGGCAAACACAGCGGUGCAGCCGUUGUAUGGCAAGUUUAGCGAUAUCCUGGGAAGAUUUGAGUCUGUGGCUGUGGCAACCGGGAUUUUCUGCAUUGGGUCAGUUCUGUGCGCCGUAUCAACCUCGAUGGGAAUGCUGGUCGCUAGCCGCGCAAUCCAGGGCAUUGGCGGAGGAGGACUGAUGGCCAUGGUGAGCAUCAUCAUGAGCGACGUGACGACCGAGCGUGACCGUGGCAAAUACACGGGGUUUUUGGCGGCCAGCUGGGGCGCGGCGUCCGCAGUGGGGCCGGUGCUGGGCGGGGCCAUCGUAGAGAACACUAAAUGGAGCAUUAUUUUCUGGAUCAACUUGCCAGUCUGCGUGCCCACGCUGAUUGUACUGUAUUUUGCGCUGGCAAUUCCGCGGCCCCAGGGCACAGCAAUGGAGAAACUGCGCCGAAUGGACUUUUUGGGGGCGUUAGCAUUCCAGGGCUUCAUUAUUCCCUUUAUUAUUGCUUUGUCUUGGGGAGGGCAAGGGCACAAGUGGGCGUCUGGGCGGGUUCUGGGCACAAUCGGUGGUAGCAUGGUUAUGCUCAUUGUGUUUGUAGUCAUCGAAUGGAAGGUGGCCGUCGAUCCCAUUAUCCCCCUGCGCCUUUUUGCCAUUCGUAACGUGACGGCCUCAACCUUGGGACACUUUUGCGUGGGUGCGUGCAUCUACUCACCUUUGAUGUUCAUACCGGCAUGGGAGCUGUCAGUCAAACAGGCGACGGAAAUCAGCGCAGGCCUGCAUCUUUUGCCAAUGAUGGGCAGCAUGGUGCUUGCAGCAGGCGUGGCGGGCGCUGUGGCUACGCGGUAUGGCAAGUAUCGGCAGACAAUUUGGGCAUGCGGGAUAUUCAUUGCCUUGGGCAACUCACUACUGCUCUUGCUUGACCAGAACACGUCUAAUGCCCAGCGAGUCGGAUUCCUCAUUCUCACCGGCUUGGGGCUCGGGUUUGGAGUGCAGACAAUGAUGGUGGCCGCGCAGUGCUCCGUUGACGGACUGGACAUGGCGGCGACAACGACGCUGGUGCUGUUUAUGCGCACUUUUGGCGGCAUCAUGGCGCUGUCCAUCCUGUCGUCUAUUUUUAACAAAAACCUGCGCACAGAGGUUGCGUUAUUGAGCAAGCAGUUUCCCAAAUACGCCGGGAUUAUCAUGGAAACUAUCAAUGACCAGUCGAUUAUUGGAAAGAGCAAGGAUCUCCCCGUUGGGGUCAAGCUAGGGCUCGUAGAUAUGUUCCAAAAGUCCUUGCAUGAGGUCUUUCUCGGACUCACCCCGUUUUCGGGCCUUUUGGUGCUGUCCACACUGCUGUUUGCGCAUGUGGAGUUGCAGAACCGCAGAAAGCGGACCAUUAAGUGA